CUGAAGUUGACCUCUGGUUCCGGAACUUAGGGCGAAGAUGGCGGCGUCCAGGUGCUGGAGGCUUGUGCCCCGAGGCCGGGGGCCGUCGUUGCACACCGCUGCCGAGACCACCUCCACGGCCACGGGAACGAUCAGCCCAGAUGCCGCGGCGGCCCCCGUUGCGCGGUACCCGCCGAUCGUGGCCUCCCUGACCGCCAAGAGCAAGGCGGCACGGCAGCGGCGGGUGGAACGCUGGCAGGCGACGGUGCACGCGGCCAAGUCGGUGGACGAGAAGCUGCGAAUCCUUACCAAGGUGCAGUUCAUGAAGUACGUGGUUUACCCGCAGACCUUCGCCCUGAACGCCGACCGCUGGUACCAAGGCUUCACCAAGACUGUGUUCCUGUCGGGUCUGCCGCCUGCGCCCGCCGAGGCCGAACCGGCGCAGGCGCUGGACCUGGCGGCCCUGCGCUCCGCAGCGUGCGACUGCCUCUUGCAGGAGCACUUCUACCUGCGGCGCAAGCGGCAAGCGCCGCUCUUCGAGGAGCGCGAAUCUAUCGCCUCGCCCUUCCUGGAUCAGCUAGUGGCGACCCUCAUGGGCAUGCUCAGCCCACUCAACCCUACUCUGGCUGCCGCCGCCCUUGAUCGUAAGCGCCAGGUUCAUUUUUACUGGAUUCGUGGUGAAGAAAUUAUUUCUGCUGGUCAUCGAAAAGGUCGAGUUGAUUCUUUGCGAUACCAAAUAGAUGAUAAACCACAUAAUCAGAUUCGAAUAUCCAAGCAACUCCCAGAGUUUGUGCCAUUGGAAUAUUCUGUUCCUAUAGAAAUCCCUGUUAUGAAAUGUAAACCAGACAAGCUUCCAUUAUUCAAAAGGCAAUAUGAAAACAACAUAUUUAUUGGCUCAAAAACAGCAGAUCCAUGCUGUUAUGGCCACACCCAGUUUCAUCUGUUACCUGACAAAUUAAAAAGGGAAUGGCUUUUGAAACAAAACCGCGCUGACCAGAUAGAAGUUAUUUUUAGAGCCAACGCUAUUGCAAGCCUUUUUGCUUGGACUGGGGCACAAGCUAUGUAUCAAGGAUUCUGGAGCGAAGCGGAUGUUACUCGACCUUUUGUCUCCCAGGGUGUGAUCACAGAUGGAAAAUAUUUUUCAUUUUUCUGCUACCAGUUAAAUACUUUGGCAUUGACUGUACAAGCUGAUCAGAAUAACCCUCGUAAAAAUAUUUGUUGGGGGACACAAAGUAAGCCUCUUUAUGAGACAAUCGAGGAUAAUGAGGUGAAAGGUUUUAAUGAUGAUGUUCUACUUCAGAUAGUUCACUUUCUACUGAAUAAACCAAAAGAAGAGGAAUCACAGUUGUUGGAAAAAUAGGAGAAAUAUUUCAUUUAGGACUUUGAAAGUAUUUAGAUUUCAUGGAAGGAACAACAAAAGGAUUUUAAAGAUACCCCUUGAAACUGUCAGAUAUUAAAUGUAUUAAUUUUUGAGACAUGUACUUCUAUGUUAAUCUGUGUUAGAUCUUAUUCAAAUUCAUUCCUGAAAGAUUUUAAUUUUGAAUACAGUUUGUUGAUUUAAAGUUUACAGUUUGUUCAUUUUGUUUACAUACUACUAAUUUGGUUUUCUUUAAUACCUUGGGAUUAAUUGUGAUUUAAAAAGUAAUAUAACAAUAUUUCAAAUAUUUGCGAAUCUGUUUGUCAUGCUGUCCUUGCUGUUUGUAUUUUAUUUUGUUAUCAUUGGUACAACGUUUCAGAGCCCUACUCAGAAACUCCAGCAGUAUAUUUUACAUAUAGUAAACUAAUGCUUUUGAUAAAAUUCUGUGUCUUGGUUUGAAUAUGAAAAGAAAAAUAGAUUAAUAGUUACACUUCAGGAGCAUCUUAUGUUUUAGUCAACACCCAACUGUUGCCUGAUGGCUUAACAUAAGUGAUAUUCCCAUUGUAAAAAAAAUAAAGAUUGCCAGCUUUGACCUUUACUGACUCUCCUAGUCUACUUCAGAUGCCCAGAAUUAUAGAAGUAGACAUUCAAUAUAUGUGAAUGAGUGUCAGUUAAUUAAAGUAGUCUUUCUAGUUUCUAA